GAGGCCCCGGGGACCCCGACGAGGACCUCCCGCAGCCGGAGGAGGGGCCCCGGCACCAGGACCCCCGCCGUCCGGACAGUGCCGCGGCGCUCCGUCAAGGACGAGACCGACGUGCGGAUGGUGGCGUUCAGCGGCGCCGUCGUCUGAAGCCCAGCCCGCCGGACUCCCGGACGCGUCUGUGAUACAACCCGCAGCACGUAGCGCGUAGCACCGCGGUAGAGCAGGCCCACUGAUGUCCCGGUCCGAGUCCGGCGGGGCGCGGGGCUCCCUGGGCGGCGGCCUGGGGGGCCUUGGCGCCCUGGGCGGCGUGCGCCGGGGCUCCUCGCGGCCCCAGGACAGCAUCAAGGGCCUCAAGAGCUGGCUCUCCCGCAACCUGCUGCUGCUGGCCACCCUCGUCGGCGUGCUCUGCGGCGUCCUGCUGGGGCUGUCGCUGAGGCCGCUGGACCUGCACGAUGACUGGGUGCUGCUGCUUUCGUACCCCGGAGAACUCUUCAUGCGGCUCCUCAAGCUCAUGAUCCUGCCGCUUGUCAUCGCUUCACUCAUCGCAGGCACCUCCCGUCUGAACGCGCGCAUGAACGGGCGCAUCGCGCUGCGCACGCUGGUGUACUUCGCGCUGACUUCGCUGCUCAACGCCAUGCUGGGCAUCGUCCUGGUGCUCGCCAUCCACCCCGGCGACCCGCUGUCCUUCGGCGAGGACGGCCCGCCCCUGGACUCCAGGGACACGAGGGACCCCCGGGACCGCGCCCAGGUCAUGGACGGCCUGCUCGACCUCGGAAGAAACCUCUUCGCAGACAACCUUUUCCAAGCAGCAUUCCAACAGGUGCACACCGUGUACGUCCCGAAGGAGGAGCCCUUCUCGCCGACCGGGCCCACCGCCGCCACCACCCAGGCCUACCCCGCCGUGGCCGCGCUCACGGCCAGCACGGCCAGCGUGGAGAUGAAGCGCGCCCUCAAGUACAGGGACGGCACCAACACCCUGGGGAUCAUCUUCUUCUGCCUCCUGUUCGGCACCGUGCUCAGCACCAUGGGCAGCAAGGGCAAGGUGGUGGUGGACUUCUUCUGCACCAUCUACGAGGUCAUCAUGAAGAUGGUAUCCGGCAUCAUGUGGCUCACCCCGGUCGGCGUGUGCUCCGUCAUCUGCGGCAAGAUCCUGGCCGUCGACGACCUGGCCGUGGUCAUGGCGCAGCUGGCGUGGUUCAUCCUGACGGUGGUCAUCGGCGUGCUGCUGUACCAGCUCAUCAUCAUGCAGCUCAUCUACUACGCCUUCCUGCGCAAGAACCCCUUCCGCUUCUACGCCAACCUGUUCCAGUCCAACCUGACGGCGUUCGCCACCGCCUCCACCGCGGCCGCCCUGCCCAUCUCCAUGCGCACCAUGGACCGCCUGGGCGUGGACCCGCGCGUCACCCGCUUCGUGCUGCCCAUCGGCUGCGCCGUCAACAUGGACGGCACCGCGCUCUUCAUCGCCGUGGCCACCAUCUUCAUCGCGCAGAUGAACUACAUGACCCUGGGCUGGGGCGACCUGGCCACCGUCUGCCUGACCGCCACGGCGGCCUCCAUGUCCUCGGCGAGCGUGCCGAGCGCCGCGCUCGUGCUGCUGCUGAUGGUGCUGUCCACCAUCGGCAUCCCGGCCGGGGAGGCGUCCCUGCUGUUUGCCGUCGAUUGGUUUGUCGAUCGCGUGCGCACCACCAACAACUGCCUGGGGGACCUCUACGCCGCGGCCGUGGUGGAGCACCUGUCCAAGGCCGAGCUCGAGUCCCCCGACGGCGAGGCGCUCAACACUGCGGAGUUCAACGGGAUCGGCACGUUCGUGGAGGACGGCGACGCGGACCUGGAGGCCGCCAUGGAGAAGGGACCCUCCCUCCACAACGGCUCCAUCAAGAAGUAGACCCUCGAGUGCGACCCGCGAGUGUAGCCAGCAACGAACAAUGCAACUCUGACUGAUAGAAAACCUUUAGGUUUAGGUUGUCGCCCUAGGCGCCGUGCCCCCUGGUAGAGAUGAGAUGUCGCUGGCGACAGGGAAAAGAAAAGUAGCAGACUGUUGUCUUUGACUGAGAGGAGGAGCUUGUCAUUUUGUGAUUUUAUCAGUAUAAUUAUUUUAAACCUUGGGUCAGACGGAGGGCCUUGCCGCUCCCUGUGAGGUGGCAGUCAAAUCUGACCGGACACCCAAGGUUACUAGAGUGGUGCUUGGUUAGGAUUAAACAAGUGCUUUAUUGUACUUCGUAGUCCACACCGUUGGACGAACACCGACCAAAGUGGUGCUGUUCUCGAACACAUAUUUAUGGGCUGUGUUUUUUUUUUCUAUUGGAAAAAAUGAGAGAAAGCUGGAUUUAUUUUCCCCGGAGCGCCGCGAAAUCACUCCAUGUUCCACAAGUCGUCACCGUGAUGGGAACCCUUUAAGAACAUUGUGGACAUAUGUGGCGCUUGAGAGAGAAGGUGGGGAGAGCAGCUUCAAUAGCGAGUGUGAGCUUUAGCUGGUCUCGAGCCACAUAGCAACUAUUUGUGUACCUUAGUGGAUUGACAAGUGCGCGAGAGUACUUGCAACUCGACUGAAUUUUGUAGAUUUAGAGCGAAUGUGUCUCUUGGGGAUGUCUCAAGGAGUGAUCAGGAGAGCGAACCCCACGGACCCUGAGGGGGUGCUCUAUAGAUGUCACGUCGAAAUCACAAUAAUAGUUUGUACCAAAUAUUUUUGUCUGAGAUAUAGGUGGUAAUUACCUCAUGUAGAUUUUAGAAUAUAUGUUUUCUAGAUUUUUAACCGUUUUCCCAGUAAAAUGGCGACAAAAGCCUCUUGCUUUUCGACCAUUGUCACUUGAGUAAUGUUUGUGGAUGUUUUUGAUCAUCGUUUGUUCGGAGCCAAUGUCGGGGAUUGAGCGAAAGAUAUGAUCAGCUUUGUCGAAAAAUAUCCCAGUGAGAAAUGAACUUUUAACGGCUUGCAUCCACGUAGCAUCUCUCUAUAAUGAUUGUAUCACGCGAAUCGCCGAAUUUAAAAUCGACAGAUUAUCUUUUCAUUCCUUGCUGGGAAUUGUGAUGAGUAUCGAAUUGUGGUGCUUUUGUUUUUUAUGAAUAAAAAGCUCAAUGAAGGCGUU